UUACCGUUGCCUUGUUUAAGGUCUUUGUCCAGUUCUUUUUCCUUCACUGGAUCUCAGACAUCUUUUCCACCAUCUAUUACACAGUAAUAACUAAAGGAUUUAUUAAAUAGAAGAAUGAAGAGACGGGAAAAGGGUAGUACAGUACUGUAUUAAGGAGAUCAGAUGUAAAAGCAUUUUAAGUUUGCAGUCCUGAAGAACAAUGAAUUUGGUGGUACCAUGAAAUGAAGAAAUCAUUUUGAGAGAGAUGGUAUUGAGUUGCCAUCUUUGAGUUUCUUUGAGUUUAAGGCGAUUGACUGUCAGAAAUGUGUAAGAGAUAGCAGCAAAUACUGAAAUGGAAGUUUUAGUUGUGCUGAACUUGGGAUCCAAUUGUGCCCUGCAUAGGCUUAGAGAGAGGGGAGAAAGUAAGUGGAGAAGGAGCUGAAGAUUUGAGCGUUAGGUGAAAGUAUGGCAUAGUGGAGAAGUGAGUACAGAAAAGGGGUCAACAGAAGAGAAGAAAGUCAGCAAGAUAUGAUCUCUGAAGCCAAGAAGGAAGUUUUGGGUUGAAGGAUCAAUGAGAGUAUAGCAUUGCAGUUGGGGUUGGAAGAACUGAGUUAUGCUCUUCCCUUAAUCUGAGGAUGAUUUUGGGUUGCUUAUUUAACCUCUCUGGGUAUCAAUUUCCUAAUCUCUAAAGUACAUACUACUUUCCAUUUGUAGCACUUUCACUUUCUGUCUUUGUGAUUCUCAGAUAUCACUGUGUUUCUGGGAUAUUGAAAGGUUAAAGAGAAAGCAUUUAUAGUCCUGUUAAGUCACUGUGAGAGGUAUUCCCAUAAACAGCAAUGAAUACACGUAGGAGGGAUGCUAUUUCAUAGCACUUUAAAUGUAAAUUAUAGUCAACUCUCAAUUUCCUUUUAAGUGAUCAUCUGCAGUGACUUGCUGCCUCCUCCCCCUCCCAGGUCUCAGGCUACUGAAAAUAGGGCUGUGAAAAGCACAGUGGGGUGAGUGAAUGGUUUGCAUGCCUGUGUAUCUGUACCUCUGACUAUCACCAAGCUACAUACAGUCCACUCUCAGUUACCUGCACUUGGUAUAAGGUGAAUAGUGGUGGAAGAGUGCUAAAUGUAUAAUCUAAGUAAAUAGCAUUACUUAUGUGUGCCUUGGGAAGAUUUUAUAUUCUUUCCUCCCCUACAAUAAAUUGAAGUAUCUAGUAUAUGAAUUAUUAGCAUCAAUUUUUAUUUCCCAAGCAAGUACUGUUAAACAGUGGAAGUAAACAGGCUAAAGUCCUUAUUAGGUGAUCUAUAUGUGAAUAAUUGAGAGUUGGCUGUGCUUUUCUUGGAUCAUCCAUUGUUUUGUAUUUGUGCUUUUGUUACUGUGGCCAGGUUAAAGUGAUUAGCUACUCUAAAAUUAUAUCUCUAUGAUGAAUUAUACAGAUGUUAAAAUAAAUGGAAAAUAGUUAUGUCAAACUAGGUAAAUAUAACAUUCAUAUGUCCAAAGUUAUAGAGUUGUAAGAAAACCUAGACUUAAGUACAUUCUUAAGAUUCUUUCUACAGAGUUAUAUAGCCAGACAGAUUGCAUAAACAGUGUACCUGGCAAUGAAGAAUUUUAUAUAAAAUAUAAUAAAAUUGCGGAUAUGCUGAAGAUUCAAACAUACACUGUUUAAGGAGUCAAUUGAUUGGUAAGAAACACAGAAAGGAGUUUUAACCUUAAUUACUUGAAUUUUAAAGAACCUGGCUUCUUCAAUGACUUUACCAUUUUUUACCCCUGUAUGUUGAAGAAAUUCGAAUUUGUGGUGGCUUGUUAAUGUCACUCAGCAUAUUUUAGAUGAAUAUAGUCUAUAAUUAGGUUAGUAAGUAUUACUGUAACUCAGGAAGGCAUAAUUUUUGGCUUUAUGGAUUUGUAUUAUAGCUGGGGUAUACUGGUAUCAGAGCAUAGUUUAAGACUGUAGUAUCUGAAGCACCUGCUGAUUAUCCUUAUAAAGGAAUCAAAAGCUGGGGGAAUUUCGACAAGAAUGGGAUAGGUAAGGAAUGACCGAGGGGAAAGAAGACCUCCUAGAGAGUUGACACCUGUAAGACCCUUCCAUAAAAGAGGAGCGUUUGAAUAGUUAGAGCUCCAGUUCAGUGCUGGAAAAAUCAUAGCUUAAUUUUCUGAACUAACGUAUUUCUGGCAUAUUAUUCAGUAUUUGAAGAAAAAACCUCGAGAAAAAGUUGGUGAUUUCUGCAUGUAAAUCUCUACUUCUGAAGACUGAUUGUAUUUUAAAAUAGGGUUCUUCUAACCUUUGAAGGCGGUCCUGGACUGAGAGAUGUAGGCAUAUUGUGAAGUAAUUGUGUGCUUUUGAUUAUGAGUAUAUAAAUGCUUGGCUGCAUUCCAAACCCAAGCAUAAGUGAUUUUUUUUUCUUGCAUUGUUUUGUAGUAUACGUGUCUUCUCUCCCCUUCAUUAGUACUGCAUGUUCAAAGGGCUCUGUAAACGUGUUAUCAAACUUACUUCUUGAUAUAUGCCAUUUAAAAAUAGAGACUAUAAAUGGGAUGGGGAGUGUUUUCGUUAUUUUUACACUAAAAUGAUCAUAUUUCCUGAACUAAAAAUUCAAACAUGUGACCUGACAGUGAUAUGGAAUAUUUGAAUUUAAGAUUAUCCUGAAAAAACAUGGAAUGUUUCAUUGCCAAAUCUAGAUACCCUACCCCACUAGUUAUUUCGGUAAAUACUGCUCUAUUAAAGUAGCAGAAUGAGAGUUGAAUUGCCACUUGCAGGGAUUUUAGAAUCUGUUCACAAUCCCGUGUAAUUUUAUGUAUUUCUUAUAAUGGGUAGAGUGAAAAGACACAGAAACUAUAAACAAAGAUGGUGACCAAGGAGGAGCAGCUUUCCAGAUAAAAGUACAUUGAACUGUUUUUAGAUGUGUGCACAUACAUAUUUUUACCAGUAGUUUCAUACUUUAAGAAAUCACAUCUUAAAGAAUAAUGCUAAUUAUUUCCAUGCUUGAUGUUCAUCCCUCAGAUACUAAAAGUUUUAAUUGCCCUGUUUUCUUUUCUACUCAUAAUUCCGUAUAAUACACUCCCUAACCUUCACCACACCACCACCACCACCAGUCCUCUCCCCCAAGAAAAAAAAAAGAAAAAGAAAAACUGAGGAGAGUAGAGUUGCAGAGAGAGUGAGAAGACUCCAGUGGUCGGAGAGCCUUCUGAUAACUUAAGGGAGAUUCUCCAGAAUGUGGCCAAAUUGCAAGGGGUUUCAAAUAUGAGAAAGCUGGGCCAUUUGAAUAACUUUACUAAGCUUCUUUGUGAUAUUGGCCACAGUGAAGAAAAAUUGGGUUUUAAUUAUGAGGAUAUUAUUAUUUGCUUGCGGUUAGCUUUGUUGAAUGAAGCAAAAGAAGUGCGGGCUGCAGGGCUACGAGCCCUUCGGUAUCUCAUCCAAGACUCCAGUAUUCUACAGAAGGUGCUUAAACUGAAAGUGGACUAUUUAAUAGCCAGGUGCAUUGACAUACAGCAGAGCAACGAGGUGGAGAGGACGCAAGCACUUCGAUUAGUCAGAAAGAUGAUUACUGUGAAUGCUUCCUUGUUUCCUAGCUCCUUGGCCAAUUCAUUAAUAGCAGUUGGAAACGAUGGACUUCAAGAGAGAGACAGAAUGGUCCGAGCAUGCAUUGCUAUUAUCUGUGAACUAGCACUUCAGAAUCCAGAGGUGGUGGCCCUUCGAGGUGGACUAAACACCAUCUUGAAAAAUGUGAUCGAUUGCCAGUUAAGUCGAAUAAAUGAGGCCCUCAUUACUACAAUUUUGCACCUCCUUAAUCAUCCAAAGACCCGAAAAUAUGUGCGAGCUGAUGUAGAAUUAGAGCGAAUUUUAGCACCCUAUACUGAUUUUCACUACAGACACAGUCCAGAUACAGCGGAAGGACAGCUCAAGGAAGACAGAGAGGCAAGGUUUCUAGCCAGUAAGAUGGGGAUCAUAGCAACAUUCCGGUCGUGGGCAGGUAUUAUUAAUUUAUGUAAACCUGGAAACUCUGGCAUUCAGUCUUUAAUUGGAGUACUUUGCAUACCAAAUAUGGAAAUAAGGCGAGGUCUGCUCGAAGUGCUUUAUGAUAUAUUUCGCCUUCCUCUACCUGCCGUGACUGAAGAGUUCAUAGAAGCGCUGCUCAGUGUAGAUCCAGGUAGAUUCCAAGACAGCUGGAGGCUUUCAGAUGGCUUUGUAGCAGCUGAGGCAAAAACUAUUCUUCCUCAUCGUGCCAGAUCCAGGCCAGACCUCAUGGAUAAUUAUUUGGCAUUGAUACUUUCCGCAUUCAUUCGUAAUGGACUUUUAGAGGGUUUGGUUGAAGUGAUAACCAACAGUGAGGACCUUAUCUCAGUGAGAGCCACCAUCCUUCUCGGGGAGCUUUUACACAUGGCAAACACAAUUCUUCCUCAUUCGCAUAGCCAUCAUUUGCACUGCCUGCCAACCCUAAUGAAUAUGGCAGCCUCCUUUGAUAUUCCCAAGGAGAAAAGAGUGCGAGCCAGUGCAGCCUUGAACUGUUUGAAACGCUUCCAUGAAAUGAAGAAACGAGGACCCAAACCUUACAGCCUUCAUUUAGACCACAUUAUUCAGAAGGCAAUUGUAACACACCAGAAACGGGAUCAGUAUCUCAGAGUUCAGAAGGAUAUAUUUGUUCUUAAGGAUACAGAGGAAGCUCUUUUAAUGAACCUUAGAGAUAGCCAAGUCCUUCAACAUAAAGAGAAUCUUGAAUGGAAUUGGAAUCUUAUAGGGACCAUUCUUAAGUGGCCAAAUGUAAACCUAAGAAACUAUAAAGAUGAACAGUUACACAGGUUUGUACGAAGACUGCUUUAUUUUUACAAGCCCAGCAGUAAGCUGUAUGCCAGCCUGGACCUGGACUUUGCCAAGGCAAAGCAACUGACAGUUGUGGGCUGCCACUUCGCCGAGUUUCUUCUGGAGUCUGAAGAGGAUGGGCAAGGAUACUUAGAAGAUCUAGUAAAGGACAUUGUUCAGUGGCUCAAUGCCUCAUCUGGUAUGAAGCCUGAAAGAAGUCUUCAAAACAAUGGUUUAUUGACUACCCUUAGUCAACACUACUUUUUAUUCAUUGGAACACUUUCUUGCCAUCCUCAUGGAGUCAAAAUGCUGGAAAAAUGCAGUGUAUUUCAAUGUCUUCUUAACCUUUGCUCCUUGAAGAACCAAGAUCACUUGCUAAAACUGACUGUUUCCAGCUUGGACUACAGCAGAGAUGGGUUGGCCAGAGUCAUCCUUUCCAAAGUCCUCACAGCAGCCACUGAUGCCUGCAGGCUGUAUGCAACAAAACACUUAAGAGUAUUAUUGAGAGCCAAUGUUGAAUUCUUCAAUAAUUGGGGAAUUGAAUUACUAGUGACCCAGCUACAUGAUAAAAACAAAACAAUUUCUUCCGAAGCUCUCGAUAUCCUUGAUGAAGCAUGUGAAGACAAGGCCAAUCUUCAUGCUCUUAUUCAAAUGAAGCCAGCUUUAUCCCACCUUGGGGACAAAGGUUUGCUUCUCCUUCUGAGAUUUCUCUCCAUUCCAAAAGGGUUUUCCUAUCUGAAUGAAAGGGGUUAUGUAGCAAAACAACUAGAAAAGUGGCACAAGGAAUAUAAUUUAAAAUAUGUUGACUUGAUUGAGGAACAACUUAACGAAGCACUUACUACUUACCGGAAGCCAAUUGAUGGUGAUAACUAUGUUCGUCGGAGUAACCAAAGAUUACAGCGUCCUCAUGUCUACCUGCCUGUGCACCUUUAUGGACAACUGGUACACCACAAAACAGGCUGCCAUUUGUUGGAAGUACAGAAUAUUAUUACAGAACUCUGUCACAAUGUUCGUACACCAGAUUUGGAUAAAUGGGAAGAAAUGAAAAAACUGAAAGCAUCUCUUUGGGCCUUGGGAAAUAUUGGCUCCUCAAAUUGGGGUCUCAAUUUGCUGCAGGAAGAAAACGUAAUUCCAGAUAUACUCAAACUUGCAAAACAGUGUGAGGUUCUUUCCAUCAGAGGGACCUGUGUAUAUGUUCUUGGGCUCAUAGCCAAAACCAAACAAGGCUGUGACAUUCUAAAAUGUCACAACUGGGAUGCUGUAAGGCACAGCCGAAAACACCUGUGGCCAGUGGUUCCAGAUGAUGUAGAACAACUCUGUAAUGAGCUCUCAUCUAUACCCAGCACCUUAAGUUUGAACUCAGAGUCAACCAGCUCUAGACAUAAUAGUGAGAGUGAAUCUGCACCGUCAAGUAUGUUCAUAAUGGAGGACGACCGGUUUGGCAGCAGCUCCACCAGCACGUUCUUCCUCGACAUCAGUGAAGACGCAGAGCCAGCCUUCUACGAUCGGCCUGGACCUGUGAAGGAUAAAAACUCAUUCCCUUUCUUUGCUUCUAGCAAACUUGUGAAGAAUCGUAUCUUAAAUUCACUGACGUUGCCUAAUAAAAAACAUCGUAGCAGCAGUGACCCCAAAGGAGGGAAAAUGUCAUCUGAAAAUAAGACAAGCAACAGGCGGGUCAGAACGCUUACGGAGCCCAGCGUCGACUUUAAUCAUAGUGACGAUUUUACACCCGCAGUACAGAAAACAUUACAACUAGAAACGUCAUUCGUUGGGCAUAGGCACAUUGAAGACACUGGUAGUACUCCAAGUAUUGGGGAGAAUGACUUAAAAUUCACCAAGAGUCUUGGUUCAGAGAAUCACAGAGAAAACACGAGCCGAGAAAGGUUAGUUGUGGAAAGUUCGACGAGUUCACAUAUGAAGAUACGUAGCCAAAGUUUUAACACAGACACUACAACCAGUGGGAUAAGUUCCAUGAGCUCAAGCCCUUCCCGAGAGACAGUAGGAGUAGAUGCUACGACUGUGGACACAGACUGUGGAAGUAUGAGUACUGUGGUAAGUACUAAAACUGUUAAGACAGGCCACUACUUGACGCCACAGUCUAACCAUCUCUCUCUCUCCAAGUCCAACUCCGUGUCCCUGGUGCCUCCGGGUUCUUCUCAUACACUUCCUAGAAGAGCACAGUCCCUUAAAGCGCCCUCUAUCGCUACAAUUAAAAGUCUAGCAGAUUGUAACUUUAGUUACACAAGUUCUAGAGAUGCCUUUGGCUAUGCUACACUGAAAAGGUUACAGCAACAGAGAAUGCAUCCAUCUCUAUCACAUUCUGAAGCUUUGGCAUCUCCAGCAAAAGAUGUGCUUUUUACUGAUACCAUCACCAUGAAGGCCAACAGCUUCGAGUCCAGGUUAACACCAAGCAGGAUUGAUUUUAAAAGGAAGCAUGUCGGGGGAAUCAGGAGCUUAAGACCUACAAUAACAAACAACCUUUUCAGGUUCAUGAAAGCUUUAAGUUAUGCUUCGUUAGAUAAAGAAGACUUAUUAAGUCCUAUUAAUCAAAAUACCCUGCAGCGAUCCUCCUCGGUGAGGUCUAUGGUGUCCAGUGCAACAUACGGGAGCUCGGAUGACUACAUUGGUCUUGCUCUUCCGGUGGACAUCAACGAUAUAUUCCAGGUAAAGGAUAUUCCCUAUUUUCAGACUAAAAAUAUACCUCCACCUGACGACCGAGGUCCAAGAGUGUUUGCUCAUGAUGCGGGAGGUCUUCCAUCUGGAACUGGAGGUCUUGUAAAAAAUUCCUUUCACUUGCUACGACAGCAGAUGAGUCUUACGGAAAUAAUGAAUUCAGUCCAUUCAGAUGCUUCUCUGUUUUUAGAAAGUACAGAAGACACUGGACUGCAGGAGCAUACAGAUGAUAACUGCCUGUAUUGUGUCUGUAUUCAGAUUCUGGGUUUUCAGCCCAGUAACCAACUAAGUGCAAUAUGUAGCCAUUCAGACCUUCAAGACAUUCCAUAUUCUGAUUGGUGUGAGCAGAGCAUCAAUAAUCCCUUAGAAGUGGUUCCCUCUAAGUUCUCGGGGAUUUCUGGCUGUAGUGAUGGAGUGUCUCAAGAAGGCUCAGCCAGCAGCACCAAAAGCACAGAACUGCUGCUAGGUGUUAAAACAAUUCCAGAUGAUACACCAAUGUGCCGUAUACUCCUUCGCAAAGAAGUUCUAAGAUUAGUCAUUAAUUUGAGUAGUUCAGUUUCAACUAAAUGUCAUGAAACUGGGCUUUUAACGAUCAAGGAGAAGUACCCGCAGACCUUCGACGACAUCUGCCUCUACUCGGAGGUCUCGCACCUGCUGGCGCACUGCGCCUUCAGGCUCCCGUGUCGCAGGUUCAUACAGGAGCUGUUUCAAGAUGUCCAGUUUCUACAAAUGCAUGAGGAAGCAGAGGCUGUGUUGGCAGUACCACCAAAGCAACCCGUAGUUGAUCCGUCGGCCGAGUCCUGACCUCGUGUCUGCAAGGUGUAUGGACGGAUCCUGUGUACACAUUCACAUUGUGCAGUUCACGAACGCCUCAGAAGAUGCUGGCGCGCUGGGCUGCAAGGACAGGAGGGCCCAUGUGCGCUGUGCCAGCAGUUUUGGCACCUGGACAGCUGGAACUGCAGACUUCCGUAACCAAACAACGUCCCCUGUCCCCGGCGCACCCCGGUAGGGGUUCCGUGUUCAUUGCCGCCGUCUUAAAAGUUUUCGUUACCAUUGUAUGCGAGAGCCAAGCACUGAAUACCUACACAGGUUUUCUGCUUUCCCGUUUUGAGUGCUCAACCACAAAGGAACAAUAAUAGGAUUUGCAGAAGCACCCUCACACAGUUAUUUCUGAAUUCUUCUUUUAGGGAAAAUAAAAAGAUGCCUUGUUUGUUACCUAAGUCAUGGAGGCCAGGAGUCGGUGUCUCCGAGGCUGCACCCGGUCCCCACAGUGGGGGUGCUGUGACUGCCGGCGUGAGAGGGGAGCUUUUCUUAGCGUUGUAACACUACUCCAGGGGUUGUGACCUCAGAGCCAGAGAAGAGCCUCGGCGACCCGGGACUUAUAAGUUAUUUUUAUGUUGUCAGACUCGCAUAAAGUUUCUUUCGUGUUUGUUUUCCUUCUCUCGAUGUGUUGUUGUUAUAGGCUAUUUGAACUGAUUAAGGUUUUUCACUACAGUUCCUGGUUAAAAUCAGAAAAUCAUGUUAUAGUUCAGCUGUUUCCCAUGUAUAAAAUGCAUGAAUGUGUUCAGUGGACUUCCAUUCCCACCACCUUCCCAUAUCACCAUUUAAGUAGGAACUCGAACAAGCACUAUUAACGUAGACACAAAGCAGCGGAAAGCAUUAAAUGAUACUUUAAGGGAAAGACAGGAUUGCCUACAAUUUACUGUACAUUCCAUGGAAAAAGAAGAGCCAGCCAUAUUUCCUUUUAAAAAAUUAUUAAUGACACUGUUAUAACAAUUAAAAAUUGUAGUGAAAAGCCUUAAGUACCAAAUUUUAAAGCAGCAGUAAUUUAAUUUUUAUAUCAGUGUUCUUGUUUUGCACAAACUAAAUGCAGUGAUAGGUGAGUUUAUGCAUACAGUAAUUGUCUUUAUCAUGUUUGUGAAGUGUUUAAGUUGAUGAGGGCAAGGUUUUGUUUAUUUGUCUGUUUAAUUUGUAUAUGUCUAAAGAUUACUUGGACAUCUUCACAGGAAUUACACAUAUAUGCAAAUUUGUAUAUAAAAUCAGCAUGGCCAUCAUCAUUAGAAUGCUUGUAAAUGAAAGGAUUAUCUUUUUUAGGUCUGUGUAUAAAUAGGAAAAAUCCAGCUGGACUGAUUAGGACCCUUUUCUAAUUCGUUUGUGUGUGCCCUUUCUAGUCACACAUCAGCUUCGACUCCGUCGUGUGUAUCGAUGAACACUUUCCCGUAUCACAAAUCCUUCUGGUGAUGGGCUUGCUCUCUGAGAUCUCUGUAAAGAACCCUGUGAACUAGCAAACCUAGCUCACAGAGAUGCUUCUG